UGGGCCAUUCAAAGCGAGAGAGCUAUAAUUACAUUAGGAGAAGCUAAGGAAAAUAUUUAAAAUCUGCAGGGACUGACAGACUACUAAUACAGGUGACGAUCACCAAGGCAUUCGGCGUUAUUUAACAUUAAACUCCUCGCGCGCGUGGAUGAACUCUCCCAUCUGGAGGGACCAGAGAAACCACUGGGCUGAACAGUAAACCAUCGCAAUCUGAGGACUGAGGACACGUUCGUUUUCUUCUCUUUUUCUUUUUUUUCCCCUGUGAGGAGGCUCAUGACUGCAUAAGAAAAGACAAACAUUUUCCCACAGAAUUUCUUUUUGCUGAUUUUCAACGUUUCCCCCCCUAUAUUUCAAUAAAAGAAGUUCAUCUCUGCUUUUUCACUGACUCCUGUAUUCACUUUGGUUUUUUUUUUAUUUUUUUGUUAUUUUUUUUUUAACUUUCAUUUUUUUUGGUCCUUUGCAAAGAAAUGCUUUUCUUGAAAAAGUACUUCACAGAGGGCCUGAUUCAGUUCACUAUCCUCCUGAGUCUCAUUGGGGUGCGGGUGGACGUGGACACUUAUCUAAGCAACCAGCUCCCCCCACUGCGUGAGAUCAUCCUGGGCCCCAGCUCGGCCUACACCCAGACCCAGUUCCACAACCUCCGCAACACCCUGGACGGCUAUGGAAUCCAUCCCAAAAGCGUGGACCUCGACCACUUCUUCGCCACCCGCCGGCUGCUGAAUCAGGUGCGCUCCCUGGAUCACCUGCGCGUACCCAGCACCCAGCUGAACGCCUGGCUAGUGCACCGGGACCCUGAGACUGUGGUGUCCGCCAGCAGCCAGUCCAGCCCCAGCAUUGCCUUGGACAAUGGGGGGAACCUGGAGGACCUGAACAACCCUGAGAGCUCGGCCAUGAGGGGCACCAGCGGGACCUCUGAACCCACCUACAGCUCAAGCGGACAGGACAACCUGGGAGCAGUGGCCCCUGAGGACGGCCAGGACCCCGGGGACACGGAGGGCAGUGAUGACCUUACCAAAGAGGACAUCGACCUGAUCGACAUCCUGUGGCGGCAGGAUAUUGACCUCGGCGCGGGACGGGAGGUGUUCAGCUACAGCGGCAGACAGAAGGAGAGCGACACAGACAAACUCAACGAUGAGAACCAGACUGGGGAAGAAGAGGAGAGCUGGAGGAACGGGCUCAACCUGCAGGACGGGCAGACAGUGAGUCCCGUCGACGGAGAGACCGGGGAAACCAUACCUGGACAGCUGCCCGGCCUCGGUGCCCAGACCUCACUGUCCCUCCAGGAAUGCUUGAGGCUCUUGGAAGCCACCUUCCCGUUCGGAGAGGAGUCUGAGUUCCAAACUCCAGAUGCCAGCUCUCAGUUGAGAAUAAUUCCCACUGAAGAGGCGCCGUCUACGUCACAGGGGCUCCCCCUACCUGCCCUUCUGCCCCAGUCACCCCCUCCCCUGGACCUGGAGCAGCAGUGGCAGGACAUAAUGGCUAUAAUGGAGCUACAGGACAUGGAGGUGAACAACACGGCGGAGAACCCUCUCGCAGACAGUAACUCAGACAGCGUCCACAGCGCCGUCGCCGACACGGAACCUGGAACGAUGGAGACAUUCGGCCUCCCCCGCUCGACCCUCAUCAACCAAGACGUCAGCCUCCACCAGGCGUCCCUCCCCAGCUGCAGCCAGGACUUCCCCACGCUCUUCAACGCCGACCUGGAUGCCUCUGGAGGCCAAAGGCCGGCACUCCUCAGGCUCUCCUCCAGCAACUCCUCCAACAUCAACUCCACGUUCGGGGUCACUAACCUGACAGGACUGCUCCUCCCACCGCUUCUCAACGGCACCAACAACCUCACCUCCACCCCGGUGCUGUCCGACCCCUUCACCAGUCUUCUGGAAGAAUCCAUGCUGGAUGAGAUAAGCCUGCUGGACCUGGCCAUGGAGGAGGGCUUCAGCCAGGCCCAGGCCUCCCAGCUGGAAGAUGAACUGGACUCUGACUCGGGCCUCUCUCUGGACUCCAGCCGCAGCCCCGCGUCUCCCAGCAACUCAGAGACGUCCUGCUCCUCGGCCGCGUCCUCCUCCUCCACCUCCGCCAACUUCUCCGAGGAAGGAGCCGUCGGCUACAGCACCGACUCCGAGGUUGCGGCCGCAGAGGUCGAGGAGGGUGCCGUCGGGGGUUAUCAGCCCGAAUACAGCAAGCUGUGUCGCAUGAGCUUUCAAGACCCCUCCCAGUUUCACGGCCUCCCUCAGCUCGACAACGUCAACCACAACCACACCUACAACCUUCCGCUGGGGUCUGCCUCGCCGUACCCGGAACCGCCCCAGCUGCCCGGGACCUGCGGCAAAAAGGGGCGGGACAAGCAGCCGCAGCACACGAAGCUCCAGCCGCCGUGCGACUUCCUGGACAAGCAGUCGAGCAGGGACGAGCGUCGGGCGCGGGCCAUGAAGAUCCCGUUCUCCAACGACAAGAUCAUCAACCUGCCCGUGGAGGAGUUCAACGAGCUCCUGGCCAAACACCACCUCAGCGAGGCCCAGCUGGCGCUGAUCCGGGACAUACGCCGGCGCGGCAAGAACAAAAUGGCCGCCCAGAACUGCCGCAAACGCAAGCUGGACACCAUCCUCAACCUUGAGCAAGGCGUUCAGGACCUCCGGCGCGACAAAGCCCGGCUGCUGAAGGAGAAGAUGGAGUUCCUGCGCUCCAUCAAGCAGAUGAAGCAGAAAGUGCAGAGCCUUUACCAGGAGGUGUUUUCCCAGCUGCGGGACGAGGAAGGCCGCCCGUUCCCGCCCAGCGAGUACUCCCUGCAGUACGGCGCCGACGGCAGCGUCCUGGUCAUGCCUCGCAGCGCGAGCGCGGAGCAGAGCCGCAAACCCGACAAAAAACAGAAGGACAAAAAGAAAUGAGGGGGCAUCACCUUUUCUUUCUUCGGCGAA